UGCAAAUCUGCAAAAGUGACACAUGUGAAAGGGAAAAAUGGAAACGUCAAAACUUGAUACGUGGUACAGGUUAUGAUGUUCAAAAUAUUUGUUUCAAAUUUUUUAAAUACUUUCAUUUUUAAUCUAAAAAAGUGUUGUAAAAUUUAGUAAAAAACACAAUAAUGGGCAAGGCAGUCAGCAAAAAUUUGGAACUGACAGCAAAUGAAUAUUGUUUAAAGUUUGUGGGAAAUGAUCCCAUUUCUAAAAAUGAUCCCUUUUGGAACAGGUUUCUAGCAUACAAUUUAAUUCCACCGAUGACACUAGAUGAUCAGUUGUCUCUAGAGGCAAGAAUUGAACCUCUAUGUAAAGAACUUUUGAAGAAUAAUUUAACCACUGGAAAUUUCAGUACACUUAUUCAUAUAUUCCUUGAUAGAUCUACUGAAUUAUUAUCGGCAACAAAUACACAAGCGAACUUAUUUAACUGGCAACUGUUUAAUACAUUAUUUAUAAUAAGAUGUAUCUUGAAAUUUCUAAUAGAAAUUGUUUCUGAGGAUGAGCUAAUCAAGCACAUAGGCUUAAAAGGCAGUGUAAAUUUACUGGAGUCAUUUAUAGGCACUUUAGUAGGUAUAAUAGUAGAUGUUCCAGUUGAAGAUUCAACAUAUCUAAUUCAUUUAGAAUCGGUAACAUGUCUUUUGAUUUGCCUCUCCACCCAGUACCAUAUAGGUGGCAGGUCAGAUCAAAGCACAAUUUACAGACUAAUGAUGAGUGGGAAGCAUGUAAUACACUCACCUGUUCUAGUCAAGAGUCUGAUGUCUAAUUUUAUAAAACAGCUCAGGUUACCUGCAGGAAGUGAGGGUCACAGUAUUGUUUUAGAUUUGGCUUCCAAUAUUUGGUCAGUUCUAACAUUUGCAAAAAAACCGACUGAAGAAUAUUUGGAAUCGGACGAAAAUUCCUAUCAGUAUACGCCCUUAGCAACCCAAAGCUUGCUUUUACUUCUAGUUUUAGUUCAUCAUUGGACCACAAAAUCGAACCCUUAUAGAAAUUGUUUAUUUUCGUGUCUAGAUAGUCAAGACACAAAUCCUGUACCACCAUCCAAAGUUUCCGGUUUAUUUAAAAUAGAUUUUAAUAAUUUGUACCUAGCAUUAUGUAAAAAGGCCUCAGGGGAUGCUGCAACAUUGCUUCUGUAUUUGUUAUUACAUCGAAAUCAGUCAUUUAAAUCUUACAUUUUACGAAGGGAAGAUUUAGAUCUUUUGAUUGUUCCAAUUUUGAAAAGUUUAUACAAUGCACCCAACAGUAAUUCUCAUCAUAUUUACAUGUCGUUAAUAAUUUUGCUUAUUUUAAGUGAAGACGACAGUUUCAAUGAGGUUAUACAUGAUUUGAAACUUAAAAACGUUACCUGGUACUUGGAGCGAGCUUUAACAGAUAUAUCGUUAGGAGGUUUGCUCAUUCUAAUAGUAAUACGAACUGUACAGUACAAUAUGUUAAAAAUGAGGGACAAAUACUUGCACACGAACUGCUUAGCAGCUCUUGCCAAUAUGUCAGCACACUUCAGAAAUCUACAUCCAUAUGUAAGCCAAAGACUGGUUUCCCUUUUUGAAACACUCGCCAAAAAAUAUAAUAGGUUGGUAACAAGACUGAAACCUGGGAAUUCUCAGAUAGACAAUAAAGUAGCUUUAGAGGUUGAACCAGAAUCGAGUGAUGCCGAGCAAGACAUUUCUGUCUUAGAAGAGGUAUUAAGGAUGGUUUUAGAAAUCCUUAAUUCGUGUCUAACUACACAACUGGGCAAUAAUCCGAAUCUAAUUUAUACGUUGCUUUACAAUAAAAGCACAUUCGAAGCGUUUAAGGACAAUAUUGUUUUUCAGGAUAUCAUUUUCAAUAUUGACACUAUCUUGAAAUAUUUUUCACAGCUUUUACAUGAAAAAUCAUUGGAUCAUGAAGUAGAUGCUCGCCAUGUGCUUCUCAUUAUACAACAAGGAGUGAGGAGUUGGCCAAAAGAAAAACUAACGAAAUUCCCUGAUCUCAAAUUUAAAUACGUAGAAGAAGAUCAACCCGAAGACUUUUUCAUUCCAUACAUUUGGGCCUUGGUAGGCCAACAAUCAAUAUUACAUUGGGUAAAUGAUAAUUACCCUUCUAUAAUGGUAACUUAACUCAGUGAAAAAAUCCAAAAAUGUA